AUGCAGCUAACGACUACUCUCGCGGCCGCCGUGGCGACAUUUGCAAGCUUGUCGGCAGCGGCCCCGCUCGAGCGCCGAAGCUUUAGCGCCGAUCUCCCACACACCCUGGAGGAGAUCAAGAUAGUUGAGGAGGACGCUCGUGGCUCGCUCCCUAACUCGGCACCACCACCAAAGUUGGAACCAAGCAGUCUGACAACUUUUCAACUCAUUCAAUUUAACGAGCAGUUUGAGGUUGCCUUCUUCUCUUCCAUGCUUGAAAACGUCACGAAUGGAGGAGAUGGUUGGGACGUCACAGAGAAGGAUAAGCUGGUGGAAACUCUCAAGAUUGUGGUUGCUCAAGAAAAACUUCAUGCGCUUGACGCCAAGGGAGUUCUUGAUCACUUCAAAGCUUUUUCACCGCCGCCAUGCAAAUAUCAAUUUCCAACAAACAGCUUGAAGGAGGCCGUUUCGCUUGCCGAGACUUUCACCUCUAUCGUCCUCGGCACGCUCCAAGAUGCGAAUCAGCUAUUGGCGAAAAAUGGUGAUGUUGGCCCAGUCCGUGCCGUCAGCGCAGUCAUCGGCCAGGAAGGAGAGCAAAACGGUUAUUACCGUAGCAUCUUGUCACGCCCGCCAUCAUCGCAACCGUUCCUUACAACUUCGAUAGCUCCAUUCGCUUUCUCCGCGCUGCAAGCCUUCAUUGUCCCAGGCUCAUGCUCCUUUAAGAUGUCUCAGAUUGACAUCCCCACCUUCGCCCCUUUAAGGGUCGCGCAGAUGCAGGCCGGAGAGGUUGAGGCAAAGAAUCAAAUGCUUUCAUUCGAAGUCAAUUUGAGAGAGCUUGUCACCGCCGGCAGGUUUCUCGGGAAGGAUAAAGCACCGCUUUAUGUCACAUACCUGAGCGGGCAAAAUGUACCACUCAGCGUUCCUGUCGCAAAUCCAAAGUGGGAGGGCGCUCAAAUUACAUUCGAUGCCGAGUUUCCCUUUGAGAAGAAUAGCAUGUACGGUCUGUCGAUUGCAGCUCUCACUUAUGAGAGCCAAUUCACCAACCCUGAUGACAUCGCGAAAGCGACGUUAGCAGGGCCUGGCUUGAUCCAAGUCAACAAAUAA